CAACACUUUGGUAAUGGUUAACCAGAUAAUUCAUUAAGGGGUGGGAAUAGAAAACAGUCAGAAGUUAUUCUGACAUCUUCUCUGCGCUCUGCCCGCCUUCCGUGAGUUUGAAUUCAUUCAUAGUGGGACUAAGAAUGGAGGAGACGUUGCAGCAGGAGAAACAAGAGACAGAAGGAGGAAUCCGCCGCCGAUUGCGGGACAGGGAUCUGCUCAGAAAGAGGAAGGCCGAGGCUGAAGAGAAGGAGACUAACCAGUGGGUUUUGGGAGAGGAGAGGCAGAGGAAAAGAUCGCGGGCUGAUGAGAAGAGCGGCACAAAAAGGAGAGGGAGGCCCAGGAAGAGUGAGCCCAUGCUGGAGAUACCUGUCAGUGAGAACGAGGCAGCAUCUGCUCUGGAGGCUCCUGCAGUAAAGGCGGUAGUGCCUGUAUCUGUGGGGGUUGUCUCAGAGCAAACACCAGGCUCUCUGACCCUCACUGCAGGCGGGGACAAACCAGAGUCACAACCAGAGUCUGUCCCUGCCACCCCUGCCUCCACCCAAGUCCUGGAGCCUGUCCUGACCUCUCUCUAUGCUCCUCUUCUGACUUCUCCAGCACCAGUUUACCAGAGUCAAGCACUUCUUUCUCUCUCAGUUCCUGCCCCUUUGGUCCUUCUGCAAGCUCCAGAUGCUGUUCCAGUCCCAGCUCUGUCCCAAGUCCCAGUUCCAGCUCCCCCCCAGGUAGAGACCCUCUGCACAGAGGCACGAGACAGAGGCGCCUUUGAGCUGAUUGAAGACUUGGGCCCAGAUGAGGAGGAAGACCUCUCCCUAUUGCAAGACAAAACAGCUGAUGAAGAUUUGACUGAGCCACCGUCGAUCAUCAUACCUGAACAAGACAAAAUGUUCUCCAUUCCAACGUUGUCCUCUCAACCUCCCCCAGAAUAUCUCCCAGGAAAUUAUUCUAAUUUGUAAAAAGAUACUUUUGUCUGAGUUCAGGACAAAUAAAGCCAGAUUCCUUCCCUC